UCUCAAACCUGGAUUAAUGACGCACUCCUACAUUCAGGUGAAGAUGAUAAAUUAAUCGGGUAGAUGUGGCGUCGCUGCUCACCUGGAAAAGAGAAAGUGAGUAAAUGAUGACCAUGCGUUCCUCUUUCUUAUCUGCCUCUGACCCACUUUUCAGGCACCAGUCAUAAAGCGUUUGUGUCUCGGACCGUGAAGCCGUUUUACGGAACACCAUGAGCCUGCGUGGUGGCAACAUGUCAGAUUGGAUUCCUGCCACCAUCAGAACCAUUAAGCACCUGGAGACCAAUCCUUGGUCCCCGCGUGCGUUGGAGGAAAGCAUCAUCAGACACGGAGGCAACAAGAAUGUGACUAACCUGGGGUGCCAUGGAAGUGACACCACUCCGAACACCGGCGAAGCACACGUGGGGAACUGGUCUUAUGGUGAGGACGAGGCCGGCCUCUACGGGUCAUUGUGUCCUCCAGGACAAAAAAACUGGGCGGCACUGCUGAUUUUAAUCGUGGUGGCCGUCACAGUGAUGGGAAACAUCCUGGUAAUCCUGGCUGUAUCCCUGGAGAAGAAGCUCCAGAACGCCACAAACUACUUCCUGAUGUCACUUGCAGUCGCCGACAUGCUCCUAGGCAUCUUGGUCAUGCCGGUUUCCAUGGUGACCAUUCUCUACGACUACGGCUGGCCCCUGCCCUCCGACCUUUGCCCUAUCUGGAUCUACCUGGAUGUUCUGUUCUCCACAGCGUCCAUCAUGCACCUCUGUGCCAUUUCUCUGGACCGAUAUAUCGCCAUACGCAACCCCAUCCACCACAGCCGCUUCAACUCCCACACCAAGGCUCGCCUGAAGAUCACGGCGGUGUGGACCAUUUCUGUGGGGAUCUCGAUGCCUAUCCCUGUUCUGGGACUCAGAGACCACUCCAAGGUCUUCAAAGAUGGGAGCUGCCUGCUGACUGAUAAUAACUUUGUGCUGGUUGGCUCCUUCGUGGCGUUCUUCCCCCUCACCAUCAUGGUCAUCACCUACUUUCUGACCAUAAAUGCCCUGCAGAAUGAAGCCACCCUCUGCUUAGACCAGCUGGUCCCACGGCCCAAAUGGAGCACAUCUUUCACCUUAAGCUUCUUGCCCCAAACUUCACUGUCCUCUGAGAAGCUCUUCAGACGGUCAAUUAGCCGUGAAACCGGCGGCCGCGGCAGCAGUGGUGGUCUGGCGGCUCGUGGGAGUAUCUCCGGCUCGCUGUUUGGCCGCCGCACCAUGCAGUCAAUCAGUAAUGAGCAAAAAGCCUCAAAGGUCCUGGGGGUGGUGUUUUUCCUCUUUGUGGUCAUGUGGUGCCCGUUUUUCAUCACUAACGUGCUGGUGGUCGUGUGUGACCCAGAGGUGUGUGACCCAGUGCUCAUGGGAGGGCUGCUGAACGUUUUUGUCUGGGUUGGGUAUCUGUCCUCCGCAGUCAAUCCGCUGGUCUACACUCUGUUCAACAAAACAUACCGAGCAGCAUUCCUGCGCUACGUCCGCUGCAGGUACCAGCCGGAGAAAAAGCCUCUACAGUUGAUCCUGGUGAACACAAUCCCACCGCUGGCGUACAACUCCAGCCAGUUGAUACGAAACGGAGUGCCGCACUCCAGUGGUGCUGCAAAAGACUCGUCUUCGUCCAGGCAGGAACCUGAGAGACACCAGCCGGGGGGGAUAGGCCAUAGAGGCAAAGACGAAAGUUGUGUGUGA